UUGAUCGAGCAAUUGAAAGACACAGAGCAGCAAGAUUGGCCCGUCAAAAAAGGACGUCAUAUAAUAAUAGUGAUAUGCGAUCUGCAUUUUUAAAAGACUAUUACUUUUAUGAUAUAUAUCAUAAAAGAGCACAUGAUGAAAAUAUAAAAGCAAACCCUCAAAGUUCUCCGAUCGAAAAAAAUCCAAAAAUAUGCAUUAUUGGCGCGGGAAUGACCGGUUUGUUCUCGGCCCUUCUUUUGAAAAAAGCCGGUAUAAAUGAUAUCACUAUUCUUGAAUAUCAAGAUCGAAUUGGUGGACGUGUCCAUACUCAUUAUUUUACUGAUAAUCCUGAUGAUGAAAAACGGUUAUAUGGCGACCUUGGCGCAAUGAGAUUACCUUAUGUCAAAGAUCGGCCAGAUCUUAGUCCACAUCAAUUAGUCUUUGAUACAAUUGAUUAUCUGAAUGAAUAUAAUAAGAAGGAUAACCCAAAUAGAGUGAUUAAGCUUAUUCCUUUUAUUUCUAGUAAUCCAAAUGCCUUGUAUUACUUCAACAAUAAAAAAGCUCCAUCCGGGGAAAUUAUGACUUCUAAUUACUCAGAAAGCGUUGGAGUAAAGCAAUUAGGAUUACCUGAUGAAAUUCCAGAUAAUUAUCUUAGUCUUUGGAGUGAUGCGUUACAACCUUUUUUUGAUGAAUUAGAUACAAAUUUCACAAGUGGUCUUAUUAAUUUGAAACGUUACGAUCAUCAUACUGUUUAUUCUUAUUUAAAAGAAAUUUAUCUUCCUAAAGCAUUACCAUCGAAAUCUGUUGAUUAUGAUCGAAUUAUUAGUGCUAUUGAAUUACAAGAAGUAGGAACAGGUGAAUUCCGUCAUUGUGGUUUUGUCGCUCUUGCUAUUGAAGAAUAUUCCUUUAGCAACCCUAAAUAUGAGAUAAGCUGGAGUACUAUUGAUAAAGGAAUGCAACGAUUACCUAAUGCUUUCUUUCCAAUGAUUAAAAAGGAAAAUAUUAAUUUAACAUGUAAUAGUGAAGUUUAUAAGCUUGAAAAAACAAAUAAUAGUAUAAUUGAAGUGUAUUGGAAAAAGAAUGGAAAAUGUGUCUCUGAAAUUUUUGAUCGAGUAAUUGUCACUGUUCCGCUAGGUGUCGUCCGUCAUUGGAAUUUACCUUUAACUUUGUCGUAUGGAAAACGAAGUGCAAUUCGUGAAAUAGAUUAUGGAUUUGCUGGAAAAAUUUUCCUUCAAUUCAGAUCACGUUUUUGGGAAAAACCUCCUUCCGAAACUGGUGCUAAUCCUUCAACUUCUAAUAUUGGAAUUGUUGGUGGUACCACUUAUACCGAUCUUCCUAUUCGUGAAUUGGUCUAUCCUUCAUAUUAUCAAGGCAUAUCUAACGAUAAUCCUGGGGUGCUUUUAGUAUCUUAUACAGGGGGUAAUGAUGCUAUAAAAUAUGGUCAAUUCAGUGAGGAAGAACGAUUUGAACUCGCAUUAAAAGAUUUAGCAAUUAUUCAUGGUGACAUUGUAUAUAAAGAAUGGAUUCCAGGUAAAAAGAAUAAUAAGGCUGUGUAUUGGUCUAAUGAUAAAACUGUCGGAGGCGCUUAUGUUGAAUAUGGCGCUUCACAACUGAAUUCAUUAAUGGGUGCCAUGAUGAGACCGGAAGAAUCAAUUCAUUGGGGUGGAGAGCAUACUGAUAUACAUUGGAGUUGGAUCGUUGGUGCAUUAAAUUCUGGAGUUAGGGUAGUAAGAGAAAUACUGCUUGAAAAUUUAAUGGGUGAUAAAUGGUCUGAAUUAAAGAAUACAAGAUUGUUAAAAUAUUGGAAUGGAAAUCUCGAGGCAUUCGAAGGUUAUUGA